AUGUCGCAAGUAAGUGAAACCACAGCAUCCAGUCUGACUGAAGGGAACCCUGUGACGAGUUUGACCUUAGUCGUUCUCCUGCUCGUUCCCUGCGUGGUCGUUCUGCUUCUGCUGAACUGCCUCUUGCUGGGUUACAAGUUACUGAUCCUGUCAAAGAAGAAAAUCAGUCUGCGGCCAGAACGCACGGAGGAGAUGCUUUUGCGGUCUCCUCAGAGAGUCAGACUGUCCAAUGUGGCGUUUCCUUUGCGCCAAGACGGGCGGAGAGCGUAUUUAUCGCUAUCAGAGCCCGUGCCCCCUCAUCCCGUUACUUCUUCCAGAGCUUCUUCCAGGGAAAGGAUCGGUCUGGAUCACAGGAUCCGGCUUCUGAGGCCAGAUGGCGCUACAGGUUCAGGGUCUCAGAGAGCGCCGAGCACCAUCCGGGCAACCUCUCCAGAAGCUUGUUUUACCCCCAGACUAAACCUGGCCUCCAGCUCACGGACCUACAGCCUCAGCAAAACAGGCUGGCGCAGGAGUGCACAAGUUUUACCGCACGAUUCAGGGACUGAAACCAGAGUGAACCUUGUUCCUCCAAACACUCCUAUGGAGACCGAAUUUGUGGGUCUGAUUCGGAGGAGCAGUACUUAUGAGAUGCUGCCAGGUGUGGAUCCAGGUGUUGCAGGGUGCAGGGUUGACAAGAUAGACAUGGAGUGCGAGUACACCAACCUGCAUUCAGAGGCGUCCUGUCUGAACGCGUCUGCAGCGGGUCCUGGACUGGAUAGUGAUUUUGGAGCAAGUGCAGGGGUCUCCCUGCGGAUUCUGUCUGCAGACAGUGACGGCCUGUCCAACGGAGUGCUGGCUUCAGCUCUGGAGUGGGAUUAUUAUGACCCCUGCUAUGUCAAACAGAAUAAUAUACCCAAACAUAAACAUCACAGACCUGCAAUCCACAUGAAACAGUACUGGGUGUAA